UCUUGUUAACACAUUGGGGAAUAAACUCAACUAAACGCUACACAAGUUCCGCGCGCACACUCAAGAGAGAGAGAGAGAGAGAGAGAGAGGGGCAUGGCGACUCUUGAUUCCGACGUGGCGAUGAUUCCCGCUGGCGAUCCUUCGAGCAGUGCCGGUCCUUCUUCCAAGAAGCCCAAGCGCUUCGAGAUCAAGAAGUGGAACGCCGUUGCUCUCUGGGCUUGGGAUAUAGUUGUCGAUAACUGUGCUAUCUGCAGGAACCACAUCAUGGAUCUAUGUAUUGAAUGCCAAGCCAACCAGGCUAGCGCCACUAGCGAGGAAUGCACUGUGGCUUGGGGGGUUUGUAACCAUGCUUUUCACUUCCAUUGCAUUAGUCGAUGGCUUAAGACCCGUCAAGUAUGUCCUCUAGAUAACAGUGAAUGGGAGUUUCAGAAAUACGGCCACUAAAACUUUGACGGGGUUGAGCUUGUUUAGACAUUUGGACUGUCUAUCCCCCCUUUUGAAUAUUGACAGCUAUGUCUGUGUUAUUUUCUUUUGCUUGUCUACUGUGUUUAUCUUCAAGAAAGCCGUUUGUCUAAUGGAAUUCGGUAUACACUAACGGUAACAUGUACAGUUAAUAUUGUAAUGUUUAGAUUUGUGUUUCAUUUGCCCC